GAGGCACGGCAAGGUUCGCUCCUCCUCGCCGCCGCCACCGCUGCCGCCGCGGGAUUCCUGUCUCCGUGUUUUCGGGCCGCCCUUUCACACCCGCCGCCGGAGCGGGACGGCGUGAGAGCGAGCGAGUGAGCGAGGCGGCGCGGAUGCGCCCCGGCUGGCGGCGGAUGCUCCGCAGCCCGGGAGCCCCCCGCACGCAGGGAGCGAGCGAGGCGAUGAGCCGCCCGGAGUGACGGCGGCGGCGGCCAAGAGGAGGAGGAGGAAGGCAGCGAUCCCCGCUAGUGCCCGCGGGAGCCAUGCCCUUCGCCAAGAGGACGGUGGAGCCGCAGCGGCUGUGCCGGCGGCAGCCCGUCCCCUCCGUGCUGGAGGAGAGCCGGGGCGCGGAGCCGCCGCCGGAGGAGCCGGGAGAGGCGGCGGAGCCGGGCGGCGGGGAGGCGGCGGCGGUGCUGAUGGUGCUGGACCUCUGCUCGGUCAGCAACGUGGCCCUGUCGCGGAUCCUCCGGCAGCUCUCCGACGUGGCCCGACACGCCUGCACCCUCUUCCAGGAGGUCGAAGCCGACCUGCAGGGCACCCACCGCCGCGUUCGGGCGCUGCACGGCCGCAUCGCCGGCCUCCAGGGGGCCGUGCGGGGCCUCGACCCCAAGCAGGAGGCAGUGCCUGUCUCCAAUCUGGAUGCAGAGAGCAAACUGAGUGUCUACUACCGAGCACCUUGGCAUCAGCAAAGAAACAUCUUCCUCCCCUCCACCAGACCACCGUGUGUGGAGGAGCUGCACCACCACGCCAAGCAGCACCUGCGAGCCUUGCGCAGAGAACAUCGAAGCCGAGGUGAUAACAGAGAGCAAAAAGUCCAAGGCUCCAUUGCUGUGGUGGCUCCCCCCUUUCCUCCCUUCCCUGCAAUCUGCAGUCAAAAGAGGCACGCAAUAAAGGACCGGCAUUUCCUACCAUUUAACAGCACCCGUUCGCCCUCCCCAAUUGAGUGUUGCCACAUGACCCCCUGGAGUAGAAAGUCCCAUCCACCAGAGGACGAAGAUACAGAUGUCAUGUUAGGGCAGAGGCCGAAAAAUCCAAUACAUAAUAUCCCUUCUACACUGGAUAAACAAACCAAUUGGAGUAAAGCACUACCUCUCCCAACUCCAGAGGAGAAAAUGAAACAAGAUGCCCAAGUGAUUUCUUCUUGCAUUAUCCCCAUCAAUGUCACUGGAGUUGGUUUUGACAGAGAGGCUAGCAUACGCUGCUCUCUUGUUCAUUCACAAUCUGUACUACAGCGGAGACGAAAGUUGAGGAGGAGGAAAACCAUCUCUGGCAUCCCCAGAAGAGUGCAACAAGAAAUAGAUUCAGACGAAUCGCCAGUGGCGAGAGAGCGCAAUGUGAUUGUGCACACAAACCCGGACUUCUCCGGCUCCAGCAGCAGGAGGUCAGGGACCCGGGACUCAGAGUGCCAGACGGAAGAAAUCCUGAUAGCCGCUCCCUCGCGGCGGAGGAUCCGUGCCCAGAGGGGGCAGAGUGUCGUCGCCUCCCUCUCCCACUCUGCUGGCAACAUCUUAGUGCUGGCAGACAAUGGGGAUGCCGUCUUCACUGCCACUGUCAGCAAUCGCAUCCGCUCACGCAGCCUUCCUCGCGAGGGUGCCCGAGCCAGUGAGGGACAUCAGGAUGCUGCCACCAAAAACGCAGGGUACGAGGCAGAGUGCUUCCUAGACAGCCAGGAGAGGAUCCCGAAAACGGGGAAGGAGAUCUUGAGCAAGCAGAGUUCACAAGAGCGCCAGCCCAUCAGUUUAACUUGUCCUCAGCAUCUGCAUAGCCCUGAACACAUCAGCGAGAGAGGGAGAUCACGGCUGUCAAGGAUGGCUGAUUCAGGCAGCUGUGAGAUUUCGUCCAACUCGGACACCUUUGGGAGCCCCAUUCACUCUAUCUCCACAGCAGGAGUCCUGCUCAGCAGCCACAUGGACCAGAAAGAUGACCACCAGUCCUCCAGUGGCAACUGGAGUGGAAGCAGCUCUACAUGUCCCUCCCAGACAUCUGAAACUAUUCCUCCUGCUGCCUCUCCUCCGCUGACGGGCUCUUCGCACUGUGACUCUGAACUUUCACUCAACAUCGCUCCCAAUGCCAAUGAAGACUCUAGUGUCUUCAUCACAGAGCAGUUUGGUGACCACGUGGACAAGGUCAGGGGCCACAGGGCAAGCUCCUUUACCUCCACUGUGGCAGAUUUACUGGAUGACCCCAACAACAGCAACACCAGCGACAGUGAGUGGAACUACCUGCACCAUCACCACGAUGCCUCCUGUCGCCAAGACUUCAGCCCCGAGCGCCCAAAGGCUGACAGCCUGGGAUGCCCCAGCUUCACCAGCAUGGCCACGUAUGACAGCUUCCUAGAAAAGAGCCCUUCUGACAAGGCAGACACUAGCUCACACUUUUCUGUGGAUACCGAAGGGUACUAUACCUCCAUGCACUUUGACUGUGGUCUCAAGGGUAGUAAAAGCUAUAUUUGCAACUAUGCAGCUACAAGCUCCGAGAGUGGCCAGACUGGGAGCAUGACCUCCAGCUUGGCUGACUGCACCUGGCAGGAGUGUAUGAGCCACAGGAGGCAGGGACGGCAGAGCAUCUCACUGAAGAAACCAAAGGCAAAGCCAGCCCCACCAAAACGUAGCUCCUCUUUGAGGAAAUCAGAGAGCAGCACUGACCUUCCUGACAAGAAAGAACCAAAGAUCGGCGGUGGGCAGCAUGUCUCUCACACUGCCAGGGAGAUGAAGCUGCCCCUUGAGUUUUCAAACACACCUUCCCGAGUGGAAGGCCCCAACCUGCCAGCAAAGCAGGAGCUCACCUGGGCGAACCAGGGUGAUGGUGGGUUAAAGGACACUCCAUUUGACACUGUCGAUAUCCCCUCCUUUAAAGAUGAAGGUGCCGAACAACCUCACUAUGCAGACCUCUGGCUUCUGAACGACUUGAAAUCCAGCGAUCCUUACAGGUCCUUGUCCAAUUCAAGCACUGCUACGGGUACUACAGUCAUAGAGUGCAUCAAAUCCCCAGAGAGUUCUGAAUCUCAGACGUCCCAGUCCGGGUCACGAGCUACCACUCCAUCCCUCCCCUCUGUCGAUAAUGAGCUUAAGCUGGCCUCCCCUGAGAAGCUGGCGGGUUUAGCUUCACCUUCCAGCGGAUACUCCAGCCAGUCGGAGACACCCACCUCUUCUUUUCCAACUGCUUUCUUUUCGGGACCCUUGUCUCCAGGUGGGAGCAAGAGGAAGCCGAAAGUACCGGAGAGGAAGUCAUCGCUGCAGCAGCCGCUCUCGAAAGAUGGCACUGCCUCAGUGAACAAAGACCUCGAACUUCCGAUUAUACCUCCUACUCACCUCGACCUAAGUGCUCUUCACAACGUCUUGAACAAGCCCUUCGCUCACAGGCACCAGCUGCAUGCCUUCAGCCACAGCAAGCAGAGCACAGUCGGGGAAGCCCUGCAUCCCAGCCCUCCCUCCGCCCUCGCCAUCACCCCAUCCGUUCUGAAGUCGGUCCAUCUUCGGGCAGUCAACAAGACUGAAGGAGGGAAACAGAAAGGCAGCACCCCAGACCUGCUCUGCAUACAGGAGACCACCUUGAUGGCGACUGAUAUUUCUCCAGGCAAAAUGAGGCCUCUCUUAGCUAAGAAACCAGUAUCUCGCCAGUACUCCACAGAGGAGGCUAUAAUGUCAUACAUCGACAUUUCCCCAGCAGAUGCUGGCCCAGGAAAGCCACCUUUAGAGAAAAGCUCCUCUUUCAGUGGGCAGAACAGCUGUGAGCAAGAAGCUGUAACUUCAGCAAGCAUAAGUCUGGUCGAAAUCAAACCUGGGAAGGACCAAACAUGCUCAGCUGCUGAGUGCUUGCCGGAAAGCACUCUGAAUCAGAUGUAUGCCAUCUCCACAGAUGGGUUUCAGAAGGGCUCAGAUGUCCUCAUAGGUGAUGACAAAGCAAAGCAACCUGGCCAGGAAGCAGAAACUGAGCACGACAAUUGGGAAGUGCAGGCUCAGCAAGAGCCCUCUACAGGCAGUGAGGAGAGGCUGGAAGCUGGUUCUGGGGAGCAAAGCCCAGCUCAAGCUGAGGGAGUGGCCGUCAGUGAUCAGCUUAAGCACCAACCCAAUGUAAGCCACCUUGUGCCUGGGAAUAUUGGCUUCGAAGCGGAGAUGGCAGCAGAGAAUUCACUUGGCGAAGUGAGUUCCAAGCAGGAAAACAAUACUGCGUCAGGUAUCCCAACCAAAAGUGCCUCUGAUGACAGCAGGGCGGAUGAGAUGGCAGGUGGUACAGAUGAGCCUUCACUGAAAGAGUCUUCUCCAAGCGACGAGUCCAUUGUGUCUCCGCUGAGUGAGGAGUCGCAGGCUGACGCUGAAGAAGUCUUUGUGUCUCCGAACAAACCCCGCACUACUGAGGAUCUGUUUGCAGUCAUUCACAGAUCAAAAAGGAAAGUUCUCGGAAGAAAGGAUUCUGGAGACCUUUCUGUAAGAAACAGAUUGAGAGCUUCAUCUGGGACUAGCAGCCAGCCCCCUGCCAGCAGCACGCUGCCCGCCACCAACGUGCCACCACCAGCUGGCAGCGUGGGUGCUCCUAUUAGCAGUCAGAGGUCUCCGGGGCUCAUAUACAGGAAUGCCAAAAAGUCUAACACAUCCAAUGAGGAGUUUAAACUACUGCUCCUUAAAAAGGGCAGCCGAUCUGAUUCCAGCUACAGGAUGUCUGCCACAGAAAUUCUGAAAAGUCCUAUUUUGCCCAAGUCUCCUGGAGAGCUGACAGCAGAUGCCCCCCAAAGCCUGGAGGAAUCUCCCUCUGCCGUGAGCCCCGAUGCAUUGUCCCCACUCUCCCCCUGCUCCCCCAGGGUCAACGCAGAAGGAUUCUCCUCCAAGAGCUUUCCCAUGUCAGCAUCUUCAAGAGUGGGUCGCUCGCGGGCACCUCCAGCAGCCAGCAGCAGCCGAUACAGCGUGCGCUGCCGGCUGUACAACACGCCAAUGCAGGCCAUCUCCGAAGGAGAGACUGAAAACUCAGAUGGCAGCCCCCACGACGAUCGGUCUUCUCAGAGCUCAACAUAGGCUGCGGAAGUGCCAGGGCCAGACUGCCAACACCACUCGCACUCUGUAAGGAUGUGAAUAUAAGAGGCCAAUGCUGUAGCAGUCAAAAAAAAAAAAAAUGAAAAAAGAGAAAAAUUGCAGGGCAAUAUAAGUGCUUAAAUGUGUCUCUGUAAGAUGCUGGGGAAACAGAGGACUACAGCUGUAGCUAUUUAUUACAUUACAUUUUCUAAAAGGAAGAAGAUAUGGUAUGUCUAUUCUGUUUUCUUUUGGCUUCAUUUGGUUUAUCCCACUCUCAUUUCUAUUGUAACUGUAGAUUUCAAGGCUAUACACUUCCCACAGAGUUAAAAGUGACUCUGGUUUGUGUGGUUUUUUUCCAGAAGCUGCCCAUCUAGAAAAAAAUCCCUUGUUGUAGUGCUUCCCUAGGGAGAAAAAAAAAAAGAAAAUGCUCUUGAGGAUUGGUAUUUUUCUACACUAAAAUGAGAUGAAACAAAAUUUAGAAGAAAUUAACAAAGCAUAUGUAAAUACCAUAUUUUUGAUAAAAAUUUGUAAAUAGAAUUAUCAAAAAAGUGGACAUGUGGCAAACAAUUUACUGCAUAACAACUUUGUUGAUAGAAGACAAAAGAACUCAAAUGUAAUAACUGUAUUCUGUGAAUACCAUUUUCAUAUCAAACAUAAAAAAUUCACAUUGCCACUGAUAAUCACUUUCAGUGCAACAAGCCUGAAGGAUGACAUUGAGCAGUCAAAAGGAUAAAUUCUCCACCUUAGUUGAGGAAAUUGAAAAGGCUGACUGCAAUGGGAUUAAAGUAACCAUUUGUCUUUCUAAGGCAGCUCCGAAGAAGCUAACUGGAAAGCACAGCUGGGAGGGUUAUCAUGAGGAUCAGUGGGGAAGGCAAGCGUGAUAUUGACAGAACAAAGUCAUGUCUGAUGCAAAGCCCCAGAGGGUCCCAUCCCACAGCCUCCCCUGGGCCUUUACUCUAGCAGGGAUCGCUUCAGAGAGGAGAGAUGCAAGAAGAAAUAGUACUUAACUUUCAUAUUCUUAUUAGGCUAUUGGGAUACAUAACACGGUCAUAACCUGAUAACUAUAAUCUUUAAACACAAUUAGUUUCUGUUUCAUAAAGGAAACAAAUAAAUUAUAAGCAUGCAAGAAACGCUUUCGAUUUAUCGGUAAAUAUCCGCGGUGAGUUUUCAGUGAAGCUUUCUCUUUGUGCUGAUGAGAUUCAUGCUACCUAAAUAUUUACAAAAAUGACACUGUGAAAACAUAGCUGGGAAAUAGGUAUGUGUAUGCAUUAUUUAUAUCCAUUGCUGAGCUCGAAAGCAGAAAGCUCCGGUUCAUUGUGCCAGCCACGUACAGUUGGAAUCUUGUCUGGGUUCACCAGAAACACAGAACAGGGUUGGGGACUGGGGUGGGGUGGGAAAGGAGAUAAAUCAAAGCAGCUGCUUUGAUACAAAUGAAGGCAGGGAAAUAAAAGCUGAAUUACUUGAAGUUACUUGAAUUUUCUCGUCCUAAAACUGUAAGAACAUGUACUUUUAAAACUUAACCCGUGAGUCGCUUUAUACUUUUAAUUUUUAAACAGAAUAAAACCAACAGACCUGAUUCUCCUUUGGGCCACCUCGGUUUCCAUCGAUGUAGCCCCAUCCGUACUACUCAGAGAAGAAGGCCCUCUUUGUCCAAAAUUGAUGCAGUUGGUGUUGGUUGCUGUAGGAUAUGGUUUGGAGUAGAGGAAGAGUUAGUGCAGAGAAAAUAGUGCAAGGAGAAUUGUGGUGUGCAGUAGGACAUGUCGAGUAGGAUGGCAGAAAGAGCGUACGUUGGUACUAAAGAAAUCAACUAAAAGCUGGCUUUAAGCAUAAGUAAAGGAUAGGGAAGUGGGAUGUGUGAAAUGGGUUUUUACUAGUUUUUUUUUCUUUUAAUCGUGUAAUGCAUAAAGCUGAGAUUUUUUUUAAAGUGGGCAGAGCGUGUUUUAAAGAGGAAGGUUCUACCUAAAACUGUUAUGAUUUUAAAGAGUCUGAGCAAGUCAGAAUGGUUUAACAAAUCCCAAAUUUACUUCCCAUAAGGUUCAUGUCUGACUUUGUCUACCACUUACCAUGAGUAAUAUAUUAUUCAGGGUUUCCUACCGUCCUCCUGUGUAGCUUGGUUGCGUUGGAUGUGCAAAGUAGAGUCACUGUGCAUGUGGUAGGUGCAUUGGGAAGAGGAGUAAUCUGUCAGCUGAAGAGCUGCAAAUGCAAGAAGUGUAAAUCUAAAAGUCUAAAAUAGUUUUCAAAGGUAAUGCAAAUAAGGCUUUUGAAAUAAAAGGCUAGUCAUACUAGUAGCUUAGUUAAGGGAAAAAAGUCUGAACAGAAGUGAAAUGAAUGAAUGAGAAUGUUUUAAGAGGAAAGGUUUAGCAUAUAACCAUUUUCUGGAGAACAUGAGUAAAGGAAGUUUAGAUAUUUGGCAGAAAAUCCUUAGUUUGUCAUCAUGAGUCAAUUUUCUUUAGGAAUUUUACCA